UAUUAGUCUGUCAGUCAGAUGGAAAAAAACAAUGUGAAUUUGUGAGUGAGUGAUAAGUAAAAAUAUGUCUAAAUCUAAAAGUUGAUAGGCAUUCAUGAAGAGAAUAAUUGAACAAAAAAACGCGUUCCUAACUGGACUUAUGAACGACGGUGGGGAAACAAUGCCACACAUAGAGAAGAUGCAGGCGCGAACAGGGAAGGAGACUAUACAUUCUGGUCAUUUCAUGGUGUCGCACUUUGAAGCAGAGGCCCAAGAUGAUUUCGAUGAUUUGGCCGUGCCUGUACCAGACGAAGAACAAAAUGUUCAAAAGGUGUCGGUGGUGGCGACGUACACGGUUCCAGGGUCCAAAGAACCUCCCUCCUUGUUUGAUAAAGAAGAUAGUAAACAACAUCAACAGCUUUCCAUUGAGAUAUCCCUUACAAAGUUAUUUAAAUGUAUGACUUUGGCCUACAGACAAAAACUAACUUCACCUAAAUGGAAUCGUUUCAAAGGUAUAAAACUUCGGUGGAAGGAUAAGAUCAGAUUGAACAACGUCAUAUGGAGAUGCUGGCACAUGCAGUUUAUUAAGAAACAAAAUACGCUGGUGUGCCAGUUCGCGUCGCCGCUGGACGUGGACACUCAUGUUAAGCCAGAGACAACAAUAUUAGAAGGGAAGUACUGGAAACGUAGAGCUGAAGCAGUUAUAGCAGAAUAUAAAAAAUGGCGAAUGUUUCAUAUAAUGCGUCUCCUGGGGAAAGGAGACACCUCCGUCCAGGAUGCGAUAUCGGACAUGGACACUGUGGAGUCGUUCUCGCAGUGCAGCGACUUCGCGGCGAACAUGCUUACGGACGAGGACUACCUUACCUUCAUGAGUGACACGCUCUUCUCCACCAUCUCCAGUCAUCAGCCGUUUGCUUUCCCGGACCCGAGGGAGAUUGCAAGAGGUGCCAGUUUAGCAGAUUUCAUUCAGCCAAGUUUAGGACCACUCCAACCUAAUCUUGACGAUUUUAUGGACACAUUGGAACCUCUCCAAGAAUUUGCAGACCUUCUGUCAACCCCACGCCUGCCGCCGGUGCCCGAGGAGCCAGCUCUUCCGGCCGAAGACAACAUGUUCCGCAACAGUAUGAACGUGGACUCGUACGGGCACGGUUAUGACCUGUCCGCCUCGCACACACCGCACGCCAGCGCCACCAUGCCCACCAGCCAGAUGACUAUUCACGGUUCACCCAAUAAUACUCAAAUGAUGCCGAUGUCCGAUCAAACUAUAAAGAACGAGCACAUGAUGUACGACAACAACCGGUUGUACGUCCAAACGGACAUGCAGAACAGCAUGAUCAACCAGGAGGUGAUCCCGUACUCGUAUGAGCAGAGCUCGCCGCAAGCGCAGACCAGUCAGAUGAACAACGUGUUCGAGCCUAAACGCGUGCAGUAUACGUCUAAAGUUAUAUCACAACCCGAUCCCGCCUACAAGUAUAAUGCAGCAGUCGUGCCACCCUCCCAAACGGCACCAGAGACAGUGUCAUUACUGCAGCAGCCAGUGCAAAAUCAAAAGUACGCUUCCAACAUAGUCAUUCAAGGACGAAGCGGUUACGCUAGAGAGAAACCUCGACCGAGGCUGGCUAUGUAUUCUAGUCAGCUCCCCAAUAACCAAUACACGAACUAUGGGCAACAGACCCCGAACUCGCAAGUUGACAGGACGCAGUCGAGGCCACAGAUGCAUUACUUACAGCCGAACCCAGUGGAGUACAAAGCGAAGCCGGCGAACACUGUCAAUGCGCGCGCGUUCAAGAUGCCUUCACCGCCACUGCCAAAUUCUUCGCAACAGCAGGGCCCUUCAACCGCGGUGCGGAACAAGGAUCAGUACCGCUCGCAUAGCCUACCGCUGGGCGCCCAGCUCAACGCCGAUUGGACGGUGAGCGCGCCCGCUGCCGCCCCCGCGCCCGCGCCCGCCCCCGCGUCCGCGCCCGUGCAGACGCACGAGGCCGCCGCCGCCGCUGCGCAGAGGCAUAGCGCUAGGGCACGCGAGUUAAACACGGGUAAUCUCCGCAUCCGCUCGCGCUCAUCCUCAAGCGGAGUGUUAGAUGCGGCGGGCGGGACGACGGGCGCACGCCGCCCGCCGCCGCUCUGCAGUGUGGCCUCCGAGCCCGCGCUGCCACAGGCCAGCGUCAUGCUUGCGCAGCUCCUGAGCGCACAACACUCGCAAAGUGUAUACAAACUAAACAGCACCGCGGACGAUGGCGACCCGAAGUCCCCGCACCGGCGCGGCCAGCCCUCUCCCAUCGGCAGCGAUGUCAUGUCACCCCACCAGAGCCUCUCACCGCCCGUGUCUCCCGAUGGCGAAGGAGGAUCUCCCCGCGAGGCGCGCCGGACGCACAUGCACGCGGAGCAGAAGCGGCGCUACAAUAUCAAGACCGGCUUCGACACGCUGCAGGCGCUCAUACCGCACCUCAACGCCAACCCCGCCGCUAAGAUAAGCAAAGCCGCCAUGCUACAAAAAGGAGCGGAAUACAUAAAACAGUUGAAAGCUGAGAGAAACCAAAUAAAAGAGGAAAUGGAAAGUUUACGACAGCAAAUUGAAUGUUUGAACAAUUCCAUAUCCAACUGCCACUCGCUGCUGCCGGCGACAGGCGCGCCGGUGUCGCGCGCGCGAGCAGGCCGCCUGCGCGAGAUGUUUGCGCGGCAUGUGGCCACGCGGACCAUGCACUCAUGGAAGUAUUGGCUGUUUAGCGUAGUGUGCGCGGCGCUGGUGGACUCGUUCAGCGCCUGCGUGUCGUGCGGCAGCGGCGCUGACCUCGUGCGUACUACGCUGCUGUGGGCCGAGCAGCACUGCUCGCUCGUCGAGAUGCGACCAGCGGUCCUAAACUCCCUCCGCGUGCUAUGCACCACCACCGACAUCCUGUCGGCGCCCGAGCGCCUGCCCGACGAGGCGCGCGCCGCCGCCGCCGGCUCCGCCGCCGUCAAGACCGAGCCCACAUAACGCACGCCCGAGGUACCGCCAUCUACUUCACAACCACCCAAUACUCCCCGCUCUAGCGGUCUCCCUGCCGAAGCGAGAGGAACAGAAUAUCAAUGGUCGCUAGUACAGGUCGAUUCCUUCAUGCGACACCGAAUUCCCGACCAAGCUAUAUCAUACUGGAACAGAUCUUUAUUAUCUUGCUAACGAAGGUGUGUUACGAUAUAUUUGGCGCUUUGGCCGUCACAAUGUAUUUGACGCUGUCUGUUCAAAUUUUUCUUUCAUUUUUCAUGCAUACAAGACCGAACCAGUAAUUACGCACAUACGUAGAAAAUGAAAACGCGUCACAGAAAAAUCUUGCACAGAUUUUUUUGUGUACGGAAGAGUUACACGCACACCGCGCAUGCUAAUUGGUCGUAUUUAUGGUUCGGCAGAAUGUAAAUAGUGUGAAUGUCGAAUCCCUUCUGUGUUGCUUGAAGUUAGUAGAACUAGCACGAAUUUAAUGAUAUUAAUAAUUAAAAUAUAUGCGUAUGUGUCAUUAAACGGCUCUGGCUAUGAACAGACACAGUGAAACUCAUACGAUGAAUGUUUAGUUCAUUCCAUUCGUGUCAGCUUUCAUGAAUCGACCUGUAAUGUCAAUAGUUAGUGACCAAGAAUUGUUAAAUGGAUCUCUUUUAUUCACACGUGUAUUUUAAAUUUCUCGGAGAAAUAGUUGAUAGCGCGUCGCUUUUUGUAGGCAGUGGGACUCCUUGUAUAUUCUUAGAAAAUAAUACAGAUGUAGUACAAAAUGUUUGGUGAAAGAGACGUGUCACCUUGAUAUUUUGUUACGGAUUUUUACGAACUUUAUGUCGUAUUUUUUCUUGAUGCGAGUACAUUAUUUGAAUGAAAUGUUUAUGUUGUCUGUUGUACUUAUAAGUCUUAUAACAGUAGAUUGAUUAUGAUUAUGUUUGUUAAUAAAAUUAUCCAGUCACAUAACUUUUCUUCCUCUCACUUGUUGAAUCUGGCACUCCUUUCUUAUCGCUUAAUAACUACAAAUGCGUAUGUAUGUAAUCAAUACUUAAAAAAAUAAGUCAAUUUAUUUUUAAAAAUCAGAUGACUAGUUAUUAAUUUAAUUCAAGUAACUGUGCUCACAUCGCGAAGAUUUCGCGACUGCCUCUUCGCCUGCUGUUUAUUUCUAAUAUCCACGUACGACCAAAUUCGAUCGGUAAAUAUACACCAUUUUAUGUUUCAAACAUAGUAGCCAAUAGCCAUAUACUAUAAUAGUAGCGAAUAGUUUUGCUAAGUAGUAGGUAUUUUUGUCUUACUCGUUGAAGCAUUUGGUACAUCUAUAACUAAUGUACAUAGUAUUAGUUUGUUGUUAUGGAGUAUAAAUGAAAUGUUCUAUGUCGUAGUUUUUUCACAUGAUUUGUAACAACGUACCUACAGUAAAAAUAAAUAAUAUCGUACUUUCUGAUCUCAAAUCCAAUUUAACCGAGAAGUUGAUCCAAUUUGAAACAAGAUCCAAGUUGAUACAAUAAGUCCGUAGUUAACUUGUUGGGAAUUACGUUUUUCAUCAACUAUUUUUUAUAAUUUUAAUAUAUUGCCGGCGAAGAGAGUAAUAUUACUUACAUAGUUAUGUUGUAUGGUGUUGUUUUAGGCAUAGAAUGUACAAAUACCUCUUAAAAUCAUUACAAAUCAUGCAAAAAAUGAACUUUCUACGGAUAUUUAUAACUUUUCUACGAAAAGGGCUCGAAAUGUGAUAGUGCCACUUUAGGAAACUGUUCGUGAUAAUAUGAAAUCAAAUGUCUUGAUUGUUAAUGCUUAAUAUUUUAUACGUAUUUAAUUUAAAACUAAGAGGUAUUUGCACACAAAAUUAUAUUGGCGAGUGUGCAAAAAUGAAAAAUGUUGGUGUUCACUUGCAAUCGAAUUAAUAUUGUACAACGCACAACAUUAGUGAACUGUAAGCUGCCACACCAGCGGAUUAGGUUUCGAGUAAAGCCUAUAAUUAAGGUACUUAAAUUUUAAAAUUGAUGGACGGUGAUACGCGAAGAAAUUCUUCCACAGAACAUUUCUAGUUCUCUUUAUCCCUAACAAUAAAAAAUAUCAAUAACAUCACCUCUGGCAGCUGAGCUUUUUCGAGGUACAAUAAAAUUAUGCUCGAAUACUUAAAUUUGGAGUGUAAAUAUAUCUGUAUAUAUUUGAUUGAACCAUGUGGCGUUAAUAUUGUGCCUUUAACUGAGGUUUUGUCACCCUAGAACAAGGGUGUUUUUUAUAUUUUUACCAAAGAAGUAGUAGUUUUCAGUUAUGUAUUAUAAUGAUAUGAUAUAAUAACAAGCACACGACGUACCUAGAUCAGACAUUGUGAACUACACCCGUCCUACCCGGCGAACCGUGAAUGCCAAUACUUAUAGUACGAUAAGAUGAAAUGAAUUUAAUGAUGUCGAGAUUUAUUUAGAGUAAAUUGUAAGUAUAUUUACGUAAGUGCCUACUUUAAGUAAAUAUUUUUAUAUGGAUUGUGUGGUUACACAAAUGUUUUAUAUUUAUAUAUAUAAAUCGGUGCCAACGUAAAUAUAUUGUUGUAAUUUGUUAUAUAGUGAUAUAAUUUUAUGAUGUAUCGUUGUCUCUGAGGGCGCCUGCGCCGCGAGCUUUAACGAGGAAUGUGCAAUCGUUGUUCUAUUGGAAUACAGUUUGGAUGCAAAACGAU